GUAGGAGUACAAGCCCGGACGGAGUUAAAGGUAACACAGGAUGGAACACGUGAGACCAAGACAUGAGUGUCUGUGAUGAAAACUCAUAGCAGGUCUUCGACAAAUACACACAACACAAACAUAGAACAUUCAGUUUGAAACCCAACAAACCAAGGCUGUGUCUAGAGGUCCACUCAAAGUCCCACUGAUCUACGUUAAAAGCAGUUCUUAAUGCAGCACCAUGAAAGGCCAGGAUUGUUCAAGAGAUUCACGGUGGAGGAGGAGUCAGUAGUGAGGUGGAAGAGGAGUUGGUGGCUGUGUCGUUACAGGAAAGAUAGCGAUGAAACGGCUUUAUGUUGGUGGGUUGAGUCACUCCAUCACCCAGAAAGACCUGAUGGAUCGAUUUGGAAAGUUUGGAGAGGUGGAGGAUGUAGAGCUACGAACCAAAACAGACGAGGAGGGACUUCCAUACAAAACCUUUGGCUACGUUAACAUCAACAUUUCAGAUACUAAUCUGAAGAAAUGUUUGACCACACUGAACAAAUCCAAAUGGAAAGGAGGAAUUCUGAAGAUAGAGCCUGCCAAGGAGAGUUUCUUACACAGAUUAACGGUGGAGCGACAGGUGGAGGCCGAGCGGCAGCUUCAUCCUCCAUCUGUGGAUGACACCAACAACCACCUGGUAGAGUCACUGAGCUCAGUCGGAGUCCAGAACUUCACCAUGAAGGCAGCAGUUCCUGGAACACCGGUACCAGGACACGCAGAUUGGGUUGUGAGUAAAUUUGGACGAGUUCUUCCAGUUCUGCAGCUCGGGGUUCGCAGAGGAAACCGAGCCCAAGUGGUUAAGUACGACCCGUCCAAAUACUGCCACAACAUCCGCAGUCUGGCCACGCCCACAGACACGCCCACUCCUGUGACCCAGCUCACCUGGGAUGUCCAUGGAGGGGAUAAUGACAUCAGCAAGAAGAGGCAAGGCCAGUUUCCCCCAUUUGAAUAUUCAGGACUCAAGAAGAGGCAGUCAGGUGCAGUCAAUACCCAUCAUGCGCUGGGCUCAGCCAGGUCUCACCACACCCACCACCUCACCAGAGGAUUUAAAGGCCCCACCUCCCACCGUCAGACUCGGGCACUUCCGGAUGAAAACAGUGACUCGGGUGAUAAAGACUCUGACACUGAACUGAAAGACAAACAGAGUCUGUCAGAAAGGAACAGUGACAGGAGGAAGAAGAUGAGGAAGGAUGAAGGUCAGGAGGAGGAAGAGGAGGAGCAGGAGAAGGCGUUGCCUGAGAGACAAGGUUCUACCUCCUCCAUGAAAGAGACGCUGAAAGAAAAAAACAGCAUGAAAGGCAGAGUGUUGGCCGUUGUUGGACCUUCAUCCUCAGAGGAAGAGGAGUCGACUGAUUCUAGUUCAGACUCUGAUUAUUAUGGGAUGUUCUCCAAUGCUGCCCGUUUGGAGAUCUCUCUGUCUGAUUUGCAGAAGAUCACUGAAAACGCCAUGCAGGAGUCUAAGACGACACCUUCCAACAUUUUCAGUGAAGGGUGCAGGCUAAAGGAAGGCACCACACCAGAGGAGAUCUUGGCUGCCAUUUUAGAGGAGGACGGCAGCGACGACCAGCAGAGAAAGAGCAAGAGGAGAAAAGGGCGGAGCCACAUGGUGAAGGCAUUUCCCGCCUUCCAAGGAACAACAGCACUGGAGGAAACGAUGGAAAAACAAUCAGAGGGGACCAAAAAGGAAAACACAAGACCAGGGGAGGUGAUGUCCAAAAGCAUGGAGGAGGAGGAGGCGCAUGAGGAGGGGGUGACGACCAAUCAAACUUUAAAAUCUUCUACAAAAGCUUCAUCUUCAUCAUUUAAGUUUUCUGUUGAAGAAGGUGAUGACAUUGAUGAUGUCAAAGCUUCUCAUACUGACUCAUCCUCCGUUGACGAGAGGGAAGAGGAGCCUCCCCAGGCAAUGGUGGAGGCGGAGCCUUCCCAUCAGGCAAUGGAGGAGGCAGAGCCUUCCCGUCAGGUGGUGGUGGUGGAGGCGGAGUUACAGUGCAGAGCUAAUUUGAGGAGGUUGGCAGCUGUUCAACAGAGACAGAAAGAGGUUGAAGAAAACCGGAGGCUGAUCCAAGGAGCACUGUCCAGCCUGGAUCGACCACCAGCAGCGGCAUCAGGUAGACACAUCGUCUUCAACUCUGAUGAUGAUGAAGAAGAUGAUGAAGACUGCACCUCUGAUGUGGCUCCAUUAGAGUUUAAGGAUGAUGAAUCCAAAAAGAAGGUGAAGACGUCGACUCCUCAGCUCUUUGAGAACAAUGAGAAUGAAGAGGAGGAUGAAGACCAGGACAUCAGCAGGUUUGACAUCAGGCCUCAGUUUGAAGGUCGAGGAGGACGGAAGCUGCUGGAGCUUCAGUCUCGCUUUGGGACAGACGAGCGUUUCCAGAUGGACUCUCGCUUUGUGGAGGAGGAUGAAGCUGAAGCGGCAGAGUCAGACUGUAAUUUAUGUGUCUGUGCUGAUGCAGAGCAGAAGACAGUGCUGACAGAGGAAAACCAGGCUCUGGACAAGGAAAAGAAGAAGAGCCUCUCCAUCCUGAAUGAGGUUCUCAUCAAUAGCCAAACCUACAGCAAGACAAGCAUCAAGAGUAGCACCUUCAGGGAUGUAUCAGCGCUGCACUACGACCCCAGCAGAACAGAACAUACUGCAUUUGAGACCAGAACUGACCUGUCCAACAAAGACAGUAAAUCCAUGAGGAGGAAGAGGAGGGAAGAAGCUCACAAACUUCCACAAGUUUCUAAUGAGAUUUUCUACAACGUGUCAGUCAAUCUGAAGUCGCUGUUCAACACAACAAAGGAAGAUGGAGGAGAAGGAGAAGCAACGAGUUGGGACCAGGAGGAGGAAGACCAGCCUCCGCCAUCAUCUGUAGUUUUAGACCAGAACCAGGAUGAGUCUGGAUUCAAGUUCUGCUUCUUUGGAAAUGAUACAGAGAUGCAGAGUAAAGAGACCGAAAAGUACAAAGUGGAGAUCAUCCAAGCCCCAAAGACAUCCUGGCUACAAGAGCUGUGUUACCAUGACAGCAGCUCAGAAGAGGAGGAGGAGGAGGAGGAUGAAGAGCAGAUACCCACAGCAGUGAAAACCAUAGAUAACAAGGCUCCGUUGAACAAAAACCUUUUCUUCUUCUUCUCUGAAGAUGACAGACUGUCAGAAGGUCCAAGUUUGUUCUUUUGUCCAUAUUCGCUGGACGAGUCGAGGGAAAACUGGGAGGAGACGAGGACUGAACUGAGACAAGAGUAUCGCAAGAAGCACAAAGAUGCUCGCAGGAAGCUGAAGUCGUCCCAGAAGAACUGAAGCAAUGAAACAUCCUGAGCUCAGCCUCAGUAUCAAUGAAAAAAAUCAUGAACUGAUAAUAAUAAUGAACCCUAACCCAGUGAAAUGAAACUGUUAUUUGGAUAGUUGGCCAUGUUCUAUGGACUUUCCAUUUAAAGGUUCUGUAUAGUGAGUCAUAAGAGUAUGAUGAAAUGAAUGUUUAUAUUCAGCAAAACUUUAUUUUUUUUCCCCAAAGGUUUGAUAAACUUCUGUUUAACUUCUGUUUUACAGUAAGUGCAAUUCUGCAACUGAUUUUUGUUCAUGGAUAGUUUUUUUUUUUGGGGGGGGGUCAGAUUAUAUUAAAUAAUAAAACAAAUGUAAUUACUCUGAUUUUCCAAACCUUAAUGUGAUGAAUUAAAUGGACGCUUCUCUGGG